AUGGAAGAAUUUUUUGCCCAAUACCCUCGAUUUCACUAUGAUAAAACUGUACCGGUUUGGGAUGAGUUCAGACUGUUGUGCAAGCAUCAAAAAUGGGAUAAAAAAAGUUACGAGAUGCGUCAAGCCCGACGUAAAUUCAAGGAUGCCAUGAUAUCAGAGUUCGGAAGAAUAUAUGGUAACGACAACACAUCAUUGUCGUCGUGGCAGAAGCUUUGUCGCGUUCUCAGAAUUCGCCCUGUACCUGAUGACAUCGAUGCUUGCCGCAAGAAAGUUUCUUCGGUACAUGUUAAUCUCGUUGAUCUGGUGGAUUGUCAACGGACUGGCAAGCGCAUUCGUAUAUUUCCGAGCCUCGAAGCCCUUCAGCAGUACACUAAGUCUAGAGAAAAGUUCUUCCCAAGAGAUGAAGCUAAGGCACAGGGCCCCUUGAGAUAUUUAUUGAGGGAGAUAUUGUGA